GGUACGGCCGGCACGCGGGGUACGCGGGCGGCGCCGGCGCAUACCACGCGCGCACGCCCGCUGUACCACUCAACGCAAAUGGCGAACCCAUCAAGCUACCAGAGAACCUGGAGAGUCUGCCGCGCGCGGAGCACUUCUCCGCUCAGAGGCAUCGCUGGAACACCAACGAGGAAAUCGCUGCAAUACUCAUCAGUUUCGACAAGCACACGGAAUGGCAAUCAAAGGAAGUCAAAAUUCGACCGAAAAGCGGUUCGAUGCUUCUAUACAGUCGCAAGAAAGUGCGGUACAGGCGCGACGGCUACUGCUGGAAGAAACGGAAAGACGGAAAGACCACACGAGAAGACCAUAUGAAGCUCAAGGUGCAGGGUACAGAGUGCAUCUAUGGAUGUUACGUCCAUUCAGCCAUCCUGCCGACAUUCCAUCGAAGAUGUUACUGGCUUUUACAGAAUCCAGAUAUAGUACUGGUGCACUACCUGAACGUACCAUACCCUGACGACAACAAGCUGGCGACAGUGGCACCCAGCCUGGCACUAUGGGCAGACAAGAAGGAGUGGACGAAAGACGAGCUCGUCAGCCAACUGAAGCCCAUGUUUUUCAGUGAAGACGAACCGGAUAUGAAUAGCGAAUUGGAAAUAUCAGGAAAAAUGUUCCAGACUGCGGAAACUGUCGAGGCCAUUGUAGGGCAGCUAAUGGAAAAGCAAAGAGCUGCCAGAGCUGCGGCGUUGGCAAAGCAACUGGAAUGCGGAUGUCCCGAUUCGACCUGUCAGGAUUCUAGAACAUGCGCGCAUCCACUACGUCGCAUUCAAGCUGCAAAACCUCCAGCUUCAGAUCACCAUGUAUCAUCUACAACUGGCCCAUCUCCGAGACCGAUAUCGCAGCCGCCACGUCAAUACACCAGAGAUCACAGGACGACGACACAAUCAGCAUCCCCAUUACUUCUGUCACUUGGCCAAAUUCAAGGAGGCGGUGGCUUGUUGAUAUUAAAUGGAGCUGGAAAUAGUUCACAACAACAUUCAUCUCUCGUUUCUCCCCUCUCAGUGACAUCGUUUGUUUGCGAGGAGCCAAGGGACAGAUAUCGACAUCAAUACAAACCAACGUUUGUAUUAAAAAGAGAAAUACCAGACAGUCAACCAUCUUCUUGCCUCCAUAAUUCAGAAUCCACCUUUGAAGUAGAAACUCAAGUAGAGGAAAAAGUUGUUGUAGAAAGUUUCGAACGAAAAAUAAAAAUGGAGCCCCGAAGUAGGAAUCAAGUAAUUGCUAGUGCCCCGGCAACACCAUCACGGUAUCCUGAUUUAGUAGAACGAUUAGAAAGUAAGGUGUUAACGGACAACUGUGAGGAUACGUUAGUUUUGUUAGGUACAGAUGGAAGCUUAGCACACACUAGUGCAUUUUUCGACGAGACUUUAGAACUCUCACAUGAAGAUAUCCAGAAAACAUUGUCUGCAAAUAUGCCAACAUGUGAAUUGGACAGAGGUGGAACUAGAACUUCAGAUACUGCAAACGUUAUGGUGUCGGGAAUCGAUACAAUGGAUUUCAUAGAAAGUUGUGAAGCAGUAGCUUCACCAACACAAGUAGUAGACGACAAUGUAUUUGUCAACUUAGAUGCUUUUGAUAUGCUUGGAGACUUUCCUGAAUUAGAAGUUCUAGAUCCGAAUUCUUUAUCAACUAACCCAAUACCCAUAUGUGGAAAAACUUCUCCCAUCGAUGAUUCAAAUGAAAAAAUGCAGACUGACUGCGCUGGGGAAGGAGCCUUGAGCAUAACUGAUUAUUCACCUGAAUGGGCUUAUCCAGAAGGAGGAGUAAAGGUCUUAGUAGCCGGGCCAUGGACAGAUACCUCAGAUCAAUAUACAGUACUCUUUGACAAUUUUCCUGUCCCAUCAAUACUUGUUCAGAAUGGUCUUUUACGGUGUUACUGUCCCGCUCAUGAAGCCGGACUUGCAGCUCUUCAAGUGGCUCGCGGAGGUCAAGUAGUAUCGGAUACAGUUGUGUUUGAAUACAAAGCGGGUCCUACACCUACUCCUACUUCACCUGCAUCUGCCCCUUUACCGUCACUGGAUUUUCGGCGGUUUUCACUUUUGCAACGAUUACAACGAUUACAUGGCAGACUGCAAGUGAAGACUGAGCCAAUGGAUGAUAACAAUCAGGUGGAAGAUGUGCAAUUAUAUUCAAAUCCAAAAUUUGAAGAGCGACUCGUCACAUUUUGCAAGAUACUGAGCUCUCGUUCUAUUGGCAAUGCUGAAGGUUUUACCACAGAGCCUGGCGAAGAUAGUUCUACUAUUCUUCACUUGGCUGCUAGUUUGGGAUAUUCAAAGUUGACUACAGUACUUCUACGUUGGAGGCAGGAUGACAACAGUUUGGCUUUAGAAAAAGAAGUAAAUUUAGGAGCGAGGGAUAGUGAUAAUUGUACCCCUUUGAUGGUGGCGAGCGCAGCUGGGCAUAUGGAAACGGCGGUUGUUCUGGCGCGGUGGGGCGCGGGCACACGGCAGGAGGCGGGCGGGCGCGCCGCUGCAGCUGCUGCCCGUCGAGCUGGACAUUCUCGACUGGCCGCAAUGCUGGAUCGUAUACACCCACCUACUGGUGAUGCUGUAUUUCGCAGACCACAUAGUUUAUCGCAAAAGGGAAGAGCGGGCAGUUUGGAGAGCAACCUGGUCAAACGACCGUCUGUCGACAGUGGCAUAAACAUGGCAGAUGCCUUCCGAUCCAGCUCUGCUAUUGAAAGGGGAGAUGUUAGUUUGUCCGCCAGUACUUGGAUUUCCAGAUGGGAGCGAAGUAUGUCAUUGCCUUUAGAUUCUGAUACAUCUGAAGACAGUCUCGGUGAACCGAAACUCGGCAAGCGUAUGGACCUAGCUCUUUGCGAGACGGCGCCGCGGCGCGCGCAGAGCCCGCUCAUAGACGUGGAGGCGCUCUCCUCCGCCUCCUCGCCCGCCGCCUCCCCACCACCGCCCUCUAACAAAGGGGAGCAGGAUGACCGAGUGUUCACUCUGGCAGAGCAGAUAAUAGCCGCUAUGCCAGAAAGGAUAAAGAACGAAAGUUCAUCGCUAUUCUCCGGCUGCGGGCUGGACAGCGGCCCCGGCGGCAGCGAGGACGUGCUGAUGGCACCCUUGCUGGACGAGACCGCAAACUUUAGCACCGAAUUUACUUUUGAGUUCAGCGACAACACCUACAGAUACUGCGGCGGAUCGACUCCGUGCUCAUCUGGUUCGGUGUCGCCGGGCUCAGCCCUCUCACCCCCUCCUCCCUCCCCCCGCGCUAUUCCCGGCACCCCUACCGCCACACUGCAAGAGUUCCUUAACGCAACUACACACUUUUCAAGCUUGACUUUGAAUGAUCGUGAGCAACGUGAGCUGUACUCAGCGGCUAUAACCAUCCAGAAGGCGUACAGGCAAUAUCGCGGCCGGCAGUUACAGCGCCGCGCAGCCGCCGCCGCCAUCACCAUACAAAACUGCUACCGUCGAUACAAGCAGUUCGCUUACCUGAAGCAGAUGCAUGCGGCGGCGACAGUGAUCCAAAGAGGAUACCGCUCACUGCGCGAGCGCCGGCUGGCCGCCUCAUCUGUCAGGAGAACAUAUUCGCAAAGACGCCAAAAUCAAGCCGCGAGGAAAAUUCAGCAGUUCAUGCGACAGUCGAAGAUCAAGUUGCAGAACGCACGAGCAGAAAGCGGGAAGGUGGGCCGGCCCUACCCCGCUGCCCGCCCAAACUCCUCGCAGCCCACCACCAGUAUGCCGCACACGCCCAAUAGAAUCAUCGACUACCUGGCUCCCGAAUCACCAAUGGACGCUGAUGACGAUCUGCUGCUUGAACUUUUGUUUAAAACAUGACCCCUUACAACUGACACAGUACGAAACAAAGACAUUGCUGUUUUAUGAAACGAAUCAAAAAAUCCUGCGUAUUAAUUUUGUUAUUAGUUGUUUAGUGUACAUGUUUGCUACAGCUCCAGACAUGUGUGGUCUGCGUUAUAGUUUAAAACUAGUCAUGUUACGUUGAAUUGCUCGAUAAAAUCAUUUAUAUUUAUAAAAAGUCGCAUUGUUAGAGCUGUUAAUAUUUCUGUUGAUUUGUAUUUGGGGCUGUUAGCUUCUAGCUUCAUUAUACAAUUUCACAUCGUUUUCAUCUUCAUUCAUUCCAAACGAUAACAUUUAAAAAUAGGUAUCUCUGCGUUGUGAGAUUACUCAGGCCUUUGAAAUAGUAAAAAUAAUUUGUAGGAAUGUAACUCCUGUAGAAGGUGAAAUAUGUAUGGCUUUGAAGUUAAUAGUUGUUCUGUCCUUCUCUUUGUUUUCGUUGUGUGUUGUUGUAUUUUGUUUACGUUCCUUAGAAAUGACUUGUUCAGAGUUUGGAUUCAAAUUUCUUCUUUAUGUUAAACUCUUCAGGUCAUAGACAGGGUUAUAUUUAGUAUAAAUUUUAUCGUAUUUGUAUUAUAUUUUCAUAACGUAUUUUUGAGACGUUUGUUUAGGGCGUUUAUUGGAAUCAUAUUUUUGAAAACUCUAAAUUGGAUGUAAUUUACCUAAAACAUCCGUAUAUUGGCAAUUGUUUGGUGAUGAAUUAGAAAUUAUUGACAUAUGCAAUCGAUUGUUUAAAAAUUCUUAUAAGAAUCUGCGGUUAAAGACAACAUCCAUAGAUUGAAAAUGAUUAAGUUUUAUCUUUUGCAUGUUUCGACUAAAACGUGAGUUCUAGGCUAUAUUAUUAAUUUUCAUGAUGAAGUAAAAGAGAGUAGGUUAAGUACAAAUUCAAAUUAUUAAAAGCCACUGUUCUUACAAAGUAGAUGCACCUAGCGUAGCGUAUAUUACAAUAAACCCGACGAGCUGUGAGUAUUUUGAGAUUUUAUCGUAUUUAAGAUUAAAAAAAAUUAGUUUUACUAUUGGUCUAAAGUUUACCGUAAAGGUUUCAUUCCAGCCUAAAUAGAUUUACUUUUUUUUAGUCUACGCAGUGAAUUAGACGAACGAAUAUCGAAUCCUCUUACCCGUAGACCACACGUCGAUCUUAUGAAGUUUGUCUUUACACGUUUAAAUGUUCAUUGUUUUAUUGUACCACUGUUAACUUAUUUUAAAAUGUUCUAUUUGUUCAACGUUACAUUUACAUUUUCAAAUCCCAACCCCACCCUAGUUCCUACUUCAAGUUAUAAAAUAUAUUAUUAAUUAUCCAAACUAUCUAGUAUUAGUUCGUUAGUUAGUCAUUUUUGUUUUAGAUCCUCGAUAAAGCUAAAUUCCAUAAUUAUCUAGCGUUCAUGAAAAAAAUAAGGUUGUGCACCACUUAAAUAUAGAAAUAAAUACCUAAAUAUCCCCCUUUUUCUGAAUUCUCUGAUAUUUUAACUUAGUAUAGUUAAUAGACGUAAGGUGAUAGACGUAAUCAUAGCUUAUCAUAAGACGACGGCGGCCGUCGAGAUAUUUUCGAUUCGUAUUUUUAUAAAGCAAAAGUUACGAACGAUAAAGUUUGCUUUGCUUUUGCGGGGCCGCGGCAAAGAUGUUCUCUUUACUUUAUCAACGCCAAUUUGUAUCGAUUAAACGAAAUUUAGCAAAUUGUCGAUUUCUAUUAAUUUGUAUUUUUAUCGUUUACAAGUUUAAUUUUGAAGUUGUUUUGUAAUAGUUUAGGAUUCGCAUCGUACGUACGUUGGUACUUUUAGAAAUAUUUUCAAUGGGCGGGAGCUGUUAUUUGUUAGUUUACAGCUAGUUUAUUGUUUACAAAAUUCAAUGUCCAUUUUGCUGAGAUUUGAUAGUGAUUUAUUUAAAUAAGCAGUUCUAGUAAAUAGUUUACGUGAUAUCAAUUAUUCAAUAUAUUAAAAUUUAGUAAAUUGCGCAAUGGAAUGGUAUAUUGAAACUUGUCAAAUAGUAAACUGGCAACUGUUAGAUGAAUGUUACGCGACGCAGUUUGAUAAUAACCGUCCAGUUGUGGCGGCUGGUACCCUCGCGUGGUGGACGGCGGGAGUCGCACUGCAGGUACAAGCGAAAUCGGACAGUGUUACGUAAACCACAAAGACGAGAUUCGCUUGAAACGAGACAUGGGACACCCGAGGGCGCACGAUUGCAACAUGUACAUUUUAUAUUUUUGGAUUGCUAAUUUUAAGAUGUUAUAUUUAUAUAUGUAUAUGUAGUGAUGGCGGGUACGAAAACAGUAUUUCGAGAUGUAUUGCGCCAAAAGUUUUGAUGUAUUAAUUUUCCAUAACGUUCUCUUGUUUUUUCUUUUCGAAUGAAUAGUUGGUUUAGCUAGUGGUCAUGUAUAUAUUAUGUAUUUUUGGAUAGCGUGCACGAUUGCUUCUGGGAUUCCGCCGGCGCCGGUCGCACGGUGUUCGCGAUGAAUGCGAUGAAAAGAUAUAAAAAAAAA